UUUACUCACUCUCCAGCCAGAGCAGAGUAAGACCACAAACCACCGUCCACAUGGCUACCACCUUCUCCAGCGGCAGCUUCAUUUCCAGCAGAUCCUCAAUGGGCUCCUCACGCUUCUCCUCUGCAGGUGGAGGAGGUGGCCGCAUCAGCACCAUGAGGGCUGGCAGCGUGUACGGAGGCGCAGGAGGUUCAGGGGUCCGUAUCUCCAGUGCCUCUCGCUCCAUGGCCUCAGCAGGUUCAGGAAGUGGCUUUGGCUUUGGUGCUGCAGGAGGUGCUGGUUCAGGAUUCGGUGGUGCUGCAGCUGGAGGAGGAUUCAGCAUCAGUGGUGGAGCAGAUGACAGCAUCAUUGGCAAUGAAAAGCUCACCAUGCAUAAUCUCAAUGACCGUCUGGCUGCUUACCUAGAGAAGGUCCACUCCCUUGAAAAGGCCAACACUGACCUUGAGUUGAAGAUACACCAAUUCCUUGAUAACAGAAUCUCUCCUACUGGUGCUACUCAUAACUACUCUGCCUUCGAAGCUACUAUUGGUGACCUCCAGGCUAAAAUCUUGAGCGCCAUGCAGGAAAGGAUCACAGUCCACCUCAGCAUUGACAAUACCAGCUUGGCUGCAGAUGAUUUCAGAAUGAAAUAUGAGAACGAGCUGACAAUGCGUCAGUCUGUGGAAGCCGACAUCGCAGGGUUGAAAAUUUUUCUCAGCGAGCUCAACAUGAGUCAUAAAGACCUCAACCUGCAGAUUGAAGGGCUCACCGAGGAGCUGGUCUACAUAAAGAAGAAUCACGAGGAGGACCUCUUGACCUCUCAUGAUCAGAUGAGUGGACAGGUCAACGUGGAGGUUGAUGCCGCACCACAGGAAGACCUCAUCAAAAUUCUAGCUGAGAUGCGUGAGCACUACGAAACAGUCGUAGCCAAAAGCCAGAGAGACCUUGAAGGCUGGUUCCAGCAGAAGUCCGAGACCUUGAAACAAGAGGUGGUAACAAGCACAGAGACCUUGCAAAUUUCGAAAACCGAGGUCAACACAGUGAAGAGCACAGUACAGUCCCUGGAGGUGGAGCUUCAGUCUCUCCUUGCCAUGAAAUCAUCCAUGGAAAGCACCCUAAGCGAGACUCAGAAUCGCUACGCCCUGAAGCUGUCUGGCUACCAGGCACAGGUGAGUGGAAUGGAGGGUCAACUGGUGCAGCUUCGUGGCGAUCUGGAGCGCCAGAGUCAAGAGUACCAGAUGCUUCUGGACAUCAAGACCAGACUGGAACUGGAGAUUGCAGAGUACAGGAGACUGCUAGAUGCAGAAGCCAGCGGCAGCCUCACAAUCUCAGGCAACUCUGGCUCCAGCUCGAUCACUACCACCAAAUCAGCAGUGAUCACUGUUGUGGAAGAGGUGGCUGAUAGUGGGACGGUGGUUUCUUCAACAUCCCUUGUUAAGUGAAGCGCACCGCUCGUGUUGGUUAGAGAACGGAGUUGUAGCUCCUCUCAUGCUGUCAGAAUAUGGUGGUCGUCUUUGAGCAUUUACAACAAUAAAACUAAUGUCAAAGACAAAA